UACAGUAACAACACAACAAAAACAAAUAAAAACAAAAACAAAACAAUGUCGUUGGUAACAGAUGAAAUCAAAUCGGAAUCAGAGGUAUACUAUGGAGACGAAAUCUGUCAAGUGAAAUCCAAAGCCCUUCUGGAAGAAAUGUGUCUCCCCAAAGGUCUGUUACCAUUGAAAGACAUCAUAGAAGUUGGUCACCACAGAGAAACAGGUUUCGUUUGGCUGAAACAGAAGAACAGCAUAACACACAAAUUUGAAAAGAUUGGGAAACUUACUUCUUAUGCUACUGAAGUCACUUCUUAUGUUGAAAAAGGUAAGAUUAAGAAACUGAAUGGUGUUAAAAGCAAAGAGCUUUUCAUUUGGGUGACACUUAGUGAUAUUUAUGUUGAUGAUCCACCUACUGGGAAAAUCACUUUUCAAACUCAUGCUGGACUUUCUAGAACUUUUCCUGUUUCUGCUUUUGAAGUUGAAGAGAAGUCAAGUGGUGUGAAAGAGGUUUAGUUUGAGAUUUUUAUGUGAUUGGUUGGUGUUGGUAUUUUAAUUAAUAAGUUUAUGCUACUUUAAUUUAUCUUGAAAUUUAGGACAGUUUCGAUGGUUAGAAAUGCUGUUGAAGUGGUGUA